UCCUUCAUCGCCAUAUUGUUGUAGUGUAGUCUAUUAUAUCGCCAGCUUUUUUUCAUUAACCAACUAGUAGUUCAUUUAUUUUCUUUUUGUAUUAGUAAUAAUAAUCGAUAUAAAAAUAUUAUUAUUAAUAGAACAUCAGUUUUCCUUGAUUAUUCAUUUCAAUAAAAUCAGUUACUUUUAAAAGAUUUAAUUAAAUAAUAUAAAUAAUUCUUUUUGAUUCGUUUUAAUAGUGUUGUUUAUUUAUUUAAAGAAAUAAUUAAUGAAUUUUUUUUUAUCAAAUUUUGUAUGUUUGUAUAUUUGUAAAUAUUUGCAAGUGAGUCAGGCAACAGGUGGCGAAAAUUUGUUUCCAUUCGAAUUUCAAUUGCCGAUCAAAUUUAAGAGCGGGGAGCUCGAUUGAUUUAUUUGUUGAUAAUGGAUUAUGAUUAUUUGAUAAAAUUUCUGGCACUUGGUGACUCGGGUGUUGGUAAAACUAGUUUUUUGUAUCAGUACACUGAUGGAAUUUUUACUUCACGCUUUGUAUCAACUGUUGGAAUUGAUUUCCGUGAAAAACGGGUGAUCCAUAAAAAUGCAACUGGAAGACAGCAGAGGGUUCAUUUACAACUUUGGGACACUGCAGGUCAAGAAAGGUUCCGAAGUUUAACAACGGCAUUUUACCGAGACUCAAUGGGAUUUUUGUUGCUAUUUGACCUGACAAAUGAGCAAUCGUUUCUGGAAGUUAGAAAUUGGUUGGAACAAUUAAAGACACAUGCGUACUGUGAGGAGCCAGAUAUAAUUUUGUGUGGAAACAAAGUUGAUCUUGAGGACAGAAGGGUCAUAAGUGAAGAAAAAGCUCGUGAAUUAGCAAAAAAACAUGGGAUGCCUUAUUUAGAAACAAGUGCAGCAACUGGUCACAACAUUUCCCAAGCUAUCGAAUUACUAUUAGACAGAGUUAUGACCAGGAUGGAAGCAACAAUGGACACUGCGUUGUUGCCUCAUCAAAAAGUGCUGCGUUGCCAUGACCCGGAACUGCCACCUAGUAAUACUUGCUAUUGCUGACCCUGCUAUCUUGCGUAGAGCAAAUAUGAUUUUCUUGCUCGUACGCGACUUUUUUUUUUCUCAUAUUUUUCUCCGGAGAAGGAAGUGGAACAGCUUUGAUUUUUAGAAAAGAUAUUUUUGGUUUUUUAGGAAAAUAAAUUAAUAGCAAAAUCGAUGACGACAAAGAAGAAAAUAGGAUUUGCGAUUACGAAUUUAUCUAAAUA